GCAAAAUUCAUCCACUUUGUUUCCAGACCACAGGCACACAAUGCUUCAUACAAGGCUCCGUUGGUUCAGCUGGCAUUUGAAGAAUGUGACCCGAAAUUGCGCAAGCGCUUGUAGGUGGUGGUACAGGCAGCCAGCAGAACAUUCUCCAUGAGGAGCAGUAGAAAAUGCCGGCUCUGCCAGCACUGUUGCUGUCAAUACACAUCCUGUUCUUCCUCCUGCUAGACAUGCCGCUACGCUCACUCUGUCAGACUCCCGUACUUUCUGCCGUUCGCAUGGCGGCCAUUUUGGACGACCAGUCGGUGUGUGGGCGCGGCGAGCGUCUGGCUCUGUCGUUGGCCAGGGAAAACAUCAACAGCCUGAUGGAGGGCCCGGCCCGAACUCGAGUGGAGGUGGACAUCUACGAGCUGCAGAAAGACUCCCAGUAUGACACCACUGACACCAUGUGUCAGAUUCUACCCAAAGGCGUCGUGUCGGUGAUAGGUCCCGCGUCCAGUCCCGCCUCUGGCUCCACUGUCAGUCACAUAUGCGGCGAGAAAGAGAUACCGCAUGUGAAGAUCGGCCCGGAGGAGACGCCCCGCCUGCCAUACCUCCGCUUCGCCUCCGUCACCUUGUACCCCAGCAACGAGGACCUGAGCCUGGCCAUUGGCGCCAUCCUGCGCUCCUUCAGCUACCCAUCGGCCAGCCUGGUUUGCGCCAAGGCCGAAUGCCUGCUGAGAUUGGAGGAACUGGUGCGCCGCUUCCUCAUCUCCCGCGAGACGCUGUCAGUCAGGAUGCUGGAUGACAACCUGGACCCGACCCCGCUGCUCAAGGAGAUCCGCGACGACAAAGUCGCCACCAUCAUCAUCGACGCCAACGCUUCAGUCUCCUACCUCAUCCUAAAGAAGGCGUCCGAGUUGGGGAUGACGUCACCAUUCUACAAGUACAUCCUCACUACCAUGGACUUCCCACUCAUGAGGCUGGAUGACAUCGUGGAUGAGCAGUCCAACGUCGUGGGCUUCUCCAUGUUCAACACCACCCAUCCCUUCUAUCUAGAGUUCAUCCGCAGCCUCAACCUGUCAUGGAACGAGGGCUGCGACCUGUCCUACCCGGGCCCAGCGCUGUCGUCGGCGCUGAUGUUUGAUGCGGUGCACGUGGUGGUGGGGGCGGUGAGGGAACUGAACCGCAGUCAAGAAAUCGGAGUGAAGCCGCUCAGCUGCACCUCGCCUCAGAUAUGGCAACAUGGGACCAGUCUUAUGAACUACCUGCGCAUGCGUGCUGCCAAAGCAUCCGGGGUGCCAUCCCUCAUUGCCUCUCCCCCACCGGCCAGACAUCUGUCCGUGUUAGUCAACAUCACGGUGGAGUAUGACGGCUUAACGGGCCACGUGGAGUUCAACAGCAAAGGUCAGAGGACCAACUACACCCUGAGGAUCCUGGAGAAACACCGAGGAGGCCAUAAAGAGAUUGGGAUCUGGUACUCCAACAACACCCUGGCGAUGAACUCCACCAGCCUGGAUAUCAAUGUGUCGGAGACGCUCGCCAACAAGACCCUCAUUGUCACUACCAUUCUGGAAAACCCGUACGUGAUGCGCAAGGACAACUACCAGGACUUCCAAGGCAACGACCAGUACGAGGGCUUCUGCGUCGACAUGCUGAGGGAGCUGGCGGACAUUCUGAAGUUUUCAUUCAAGAUCAAGUUGGUGGACGACGGGCUGUACGGUGCUCCCGAGCCCAACGGCUCCUGGACGGGCAUGGUCGGAGAGCUUAUCAAUAGGAAAGCCGACCUGGCCGUGGCGGGCUUCACCAUCACGUCGGAGCGGGAAAAAGUCAUCGACUUCUCCAAGCCCUUCAUGACCCUGGGGAUCAGCAUCCUGUACAGGGUUCAUCUGGGUCGAAAGCCGGGGUACUUCUCCUUCCUGGACCCUUUCUCGCCGGCCGUCUGGCUCUUCAUGCUGCUCGCCUACCUGGCUGUGAGCUGCGUGCUCUUCCUGGCCGCAAGGCUGAGCCCCUACGAGUGGUACAACCCUCACCCGUGUUUGCGAGAACGACGGGAUAUGCUGGAGAACCAGUACACGCUGGGCAACAGUUUGUGGUUCCCCGUCGGCGGUUUUAUGCAGCAGGGAUCCGAAAUAAUGCCCAGGGCCUUGUCCACCAGAUGUGUCAGUGGAGUGUGGUGGGCAUUCACCCUCAUAAUCAUCUCGUCAUACACGGCCAACCUGGCGGCUUUCCUGACCGUGCAGAGGAUGGAGGUACCCAUCGAGUCCCCGGAUGACUUGGCCGACCAGACCAACAUCGAAUACGGGACCAUCCACGGAGGCAGCACCAUGACGUUCUUCAUGAACUCUCGCUACCAGACGUACCAGCGCAUGUGGAACUACAUGAACUCCAAGCAGCCCAGCGUGUUUGUCAAAAGCACUGAGGAGGGGAUCGCCCGCGUGGUCAAUUCCAAGUACGCCUUCCUGAUGGAGAGCACCAUGAACGAGUACCACCGCGGCCUCAACUGCAACCUUACGCAGAUCGGAGGCCUGCUGGACACCAAGGGAUACGGCAUCGGGAUGCCGCUGGGCUCGCCGUUUCGAGAUGAGAUCACGCUGGCCAUUCUCCAGCUGCAGGAGAACAACAGGUUGGAGAUCCUGAAGAGGAGGUGGUGGGAGGGAGGCCAGUGUCCCAAAGAGGAGGACCAUCGGGCCAAAGGUCUGGGAAUGGAGAACAUUGGGGGCAUCUUUGUGGUACUCAUCUGCGGCCUCAUCAUUGCUGUGUUUGUGGCCAUUAUGGAAUUUGUAUGGUCAACACGCCGCUCGGCAGAGACCGAUGAGGUAUGCCCCCAUACCUGCCCUCGCCGAACCCACAGACACACCCCAUGUGAGGAUUUAAACUGAGCAGAACCUGCGGCGAGCAGCACAGCACCCUUCUAUUAAAGUCUCACAGGGGGGUUGAAAACAGGAAAUGUAUGUCCCACGUUAAGCUGUUCCCUUACCCCGAAGAUAUAAGGUAAGACAGAAAGACACUACAAAAAGCAGCAAAGACUUCAUCCUCUGUUAUUAGACAGGUCCUGAUCCUUUUAAUUCUGGGCAUAUUUUUAAAGGAGUUUGUUAUUGCGCCAGCAAGCUGUGACUGCAGCUACAGACUUGGCUGUCCGACACGAAGGCCUUCUGCCAGAAUGAUAGACUCAACACAGCCUCGUCAAUACUGUUUCAAGCUUUUGAUUGCCUAAUUACUCCUCUCGCCUGGCCAGCGAAGUUCUUGGGGAUUGAGCACAUUGAUGGGAUACUGAUGACUGGAUUGAGAAGAAAUAUGUUUUUCGGUUGGGUAAAACGACUUUUUGUUUUUUAAAUUGCAAGUUGUUAACAUUACGAUGCCCUGUCGUUUAGAGAAAUGCUCAAACAGAACCAGGACUGGUUUAAAACUGUGGUAAAUGGACUGCACUUAUAUCGCGCUUUAUCUACACCAUCACAGUACUCAAAGCAUUUUACAACAGCUCACAUUCACACACCAAUGGACGGCUGCUGCCUUGCAAGGCACUGCCAGGCUCACAGUCAGAGCCGGGAUUCGAACCAGCUACCCUUCGAUCACUGGAGGACCCUUCUCUACCUUCUGAUCCACAGCCACCAGGGCUGAACUGACAUUAGACUGUAACAGCUAAUGGUCUGAACCCUAGCUCCCUCACACCUCUAAAUAUAAAUCUAAACCUUUACCCUUAAAACCUAAACCACGAACUCAUUGACUCUGAACUGACCCCUAAAACACCUGACUGUCAGCACCAACUCAAGGAGAUAACCCUAAACCACAAGCACUAACCACCCUGAGAAUCACCUAAAAUUUUCCCCCAAAGCACCUCACUGCUAACUCUGUUAAAUACCGCUCUCUAACCAAAGCACUACCCCUUUUUAUUAAAGCCCAUGACAAAAUACCACUAGCUCAUAUAAACCUUACAGACCUGAUCACCCCCCAUUAAACUUUUUCCCAUUCCACACUUUAAAGCAUAAUCCAUUUCCCUUAUCCUUUAACCCAAACUUAUAACUGUAUCCUUCAACUUCCUAAACCACCAGUACAGCACAGCCUUUAAACCUUUUUGCCAUUCCACAAACCCAUUAACAAUAAACCCAAUCCGUGUCUCUUACUCUUUAGCCCUAAACCACAACACAUCAUGAAGUUCACUAACUUUAACCCAUGUCACGUACCUUGAACCAUUAGCGUUUUAUCCCCACUAAGCCUCCAAACACCUGACUCUUACAAGUUGAUUGUAAAGUCCUUUUUGGCUCAACUUUAACCACCUAACAUCUAAACAUUAUUCAUAAAACUUAAUCCAUAUCUCUGAGCCUUCACCCGGAACCACUAACACCCUGGUCACCAAACACCUUGACCUUUACAGUAAACCUAGACCCCCUGAGCGCCAGCAUGACACCCUUGAAAUUUAGCCCCUAAACCUUUAUCCAUAAUCAUUCCCUUUCAAACCAAGUCACCAAACCCCAUAAUCACUAGCGUCCUUGUUUUCCUAAUCUUUAACCAUAAAUUUAAACCUUAUACCCCUUGUUCUAAACUCUUAUUCAUGAAUCCCCUUGACCGCGACCCCUCAGCUGCUAAACCCGCAAUCUGAACACUAAACCACCCAUGCACCAAAGGCUAAGAGAUAGUGCCUCAUUAACAACCUGACCACCACCACCCAACCCCCCUUAAACUUGUUCUUGAAGCCUCCUCAUUGCAACUCGGAGCCUUAACACCCUUCCACCAUCCCUUCACUGCCUGUGACAGCAAGGGUUUCAUCUAAAAUUUAGCUGGAAUACAGGACGUGUGCCCCUCUGUUUGGAAUCUUAUAGCAGUCAGGAAUGUGACUAGAAUGUUUAAGUCUGAUCAUGUUGGAGUUGGUUGAAACAACAUCGUCUGUUCCGUCCUACAGCUCAGUCCCUAAUUAGCUGCUCAGAUAUUCCCCGCAUGUUGCCCAGAGGAAACUCAAUGAAGGGAAUUGUUAAAUGUUGUAAAGUUCCCAUCUCACUUGUUUUAUGUUCAUGUUCAUUUGGCUCUUGUCUUUGAAGUUGCUGAUGCUAAACCGCCACCAGUUUCCAUGUUUUUUUUUUUAAAUUCCCUCCACUUACGGCUGAGCACUUUCGUAGACUAUGACCAUAAUGAUUUCUCAAAAGUGAGUUCCACCUUAACUGUCGAUCAAACCAAAUUUGAGCAUUUUCCAUCCUUUAUGAUCACAGCAGAUGUCUCUGAAAGAUUAUCCUGAGUGAUUAUCCUGUGACGUAGUGUGUGUGAUUUUUAUUUUCUCCCUAAUCUCAACAAUGGCUGUAACGGAGUAGGAACAUACCAAUAAUAGGAGCCGUAAGCCUUUUUUCCCACCCUUCUUUGUGAUCCAAGUCAGUGAAAGAAUAAUUCUCAGAUGUCUCUGAAAGAUUAUUCUUCAGUUAUUUCGUGACAUUUUAAGAAUAUUGUUUUCCUCCCCAAUUAGGCGAUCAACUAUUGUCACACACAGCAACAAUCUGGCCAGAUUUAAACAUCCUCCUUGCGUCUGACUAGUCUUAGUAAAAUCCCCAUUAUGGGAUACCUCGGAAAGGAGUGGAGUGAUUUUUGCUCCCUGUUAUUCUCAGAAAACGGUUGAGGCAGACAAUUAUAAAGUGUUGUAAAGACUUGCAGAUGAUCGGGUCAAAUUUGACCUUUUCCCCUCCUUGCGAUUAUCCUGACAGUUUCAUUAUUCUGUGGUGUCUGCUUUGUUCGGGUGGACUUUUUUUUCCUCUCCAGUCUGCUGGGGAAACGGUAACAUCUCACAGUUGAAAUUGUUAAACCUGUUCAAUACUUACGAUCUCAGAUCCUUACGAGUUCAAUUAAAACGUUGUCAGACCCAGCCACCAACUCUAUGUUCGUGAGAUGGUAAGAGUGAGGCUACCUUCUUCUGUUUUUGUUUUACUACUGCCGUGACUUUUCAACAACUACUCUCUUCGUUAUAUUAUUUUGGUUGCCCUGAGGCAUUAUGCUGACUCUUGCAGGUCGGGUUUAGUACUUUAAGCAGAAAAAAAAUGGAUGGACUGAUGAUAGAUGUGUGGGCUUGCUCACAUCUUAAAAUGUGAGAGGUUAAAAAUCUGUAUUUGUGAAAUCCCCGCUUGAACAGUAGACUCCAUCCGAGCUCCUUUCAAUUUCCUUUUCAAGAUCAGUAGAUGAUGUUUGAAAAAAAAAAAAAAAAAAAAAAAAAAAAACCAUGACCGGAACUCACAGCAGUCUGCAAUCAAGCCUGUUGUCCAGAAGCGGUUUGUCCAAAUGUUUUCUUUGUGUAUGUUCCCCCUUCCAUUUUCUAUGCCAGCAUCAAAUAAACACAAUGUUGAGAUAGGCAAGAAGAAAAGCAAGCAUAUAUCAACUCAGUAUGAAAAUCAAGGGGAAGGGAGGGUCACAAAACCAAUACGAUGUCUCAAGUGGUAACUCAUGCAAAAA